UAUAGUCUAUGGUUGAUAAAAGUAAAUAAAUAGAAUAAAUGUUUAAUUGUUUAUUUUAAUAGUUGAUAAUAACAAUGUCGAGUACUUCUGUAAAAACUAAAAUUGAUUCAAACUAUUUCAAACCGAAAGAGAUCACUUCUCCUAACAAAGAUACUCCUGGUUUUUCUAAAACUGUUUAUUCGCAUAUAACCAAUCUACACCGAAUAUUAAGUGAUUGGUCGAGUUUACGAGAUAAAGGAGCAAAAAUAUGUAAAUCUAUAUCUGCACUAAGGUUACAUGAAUAUGAAGACAAUUACUACCCAUACCAAACAAAAUCACUUAUUGAUAGCUUAUUAGAAGCACUUGAUGGCCUUGCUAAUGUUUUGGAAGGUGUAAAUAUAAUAUGUAUUCAAAUGCAAGCUCUAUCAAAAUUGCAAUAUACACAAGAGCCAGUUAUUAACACUUGGUCAGUGUGUGAAAUUGCAGAAAAUAUAACUAAAAUGAAACAGGGUUUGCAGAAGGAAUUUGAGUUGAAAAAAGUUAUUACAGAAAACAUUGCUCAUUGUAGAGACGAAGCUUUAAUAGAAGUGUAUGUCAGUGGAUGGGAAAUUGAUAGUUAUUUUUGUAAAGAAUUAAGUGCUUAUUUAUUUGCCGAAGUUGGAUUAGCUGGAAUCACAUAAAAUUUAUAUAUUAAUGAUAUAUAUAGAAAAUAAAUACAAUAAAUAAAUUAUAUGUAUAAAUC